AUGAAAUACCCCAGGACCAAUGUCAAACUGAAAUACCCCAGGACCAAUGUGAAGCUGAAAUACCCCAGGACCAACGUCAAGAUGAAAUACCCCAGGACCAAUGUGAAGCUGAAAUACCCCAGGACCAACGUUGUUGUAUCAACAACGGUCAACGUGGACGGUCACGUCCUGGCGGUGUCAGACAACAUGUUUGUCCAUAACAACUCCAAGCACGGCAGAAGGGCUCGACGUCUAGACCCUUCUGAAGCUACCCCCUGCAUCAAAGCCAUCAGCCCUAGUGAAGGAUGGACCACGGGAGGAGCCACAGUCAUCAUCAUAGGAGAUAACUUCUUUGACGGUCUCCAAGUGGUGUUCGGGACGAUGCUUGUGUGGAGUGAGCUGAUUACACCCCAUGCCAUCAGAGUGCAGACCCCACCCAGGCACAUCCCAGGAGUCGUAGAAGUCACCCUCUCCUACAAGUCCAAGCAGUUCUGCAAAGGGGCUCCUGGACGAUUUGUCUACACUGCUUUGAACGAGCCGACCAUCGACUACGGCUUCCAGAGGCUACAGAAGGUUAUUCCCAGACAUCCAGGAGAUCCAGAGAGGUUACCAAAGGAGGUGUUGCUGAAGAGGGCAGCUGACCUUGUGGAGGCUCUGUAUGGAAUGCCCCACAACAACCAGGAGAUCAUCUUGAAGCGAGCGGCCGACAUCGCCGAGGCCCUGUACAGCGUCCCGCGUAACCACAACCAGAUCCCUUCACUGGGCAACACGGCGUCGCACGGCGGCAUGAUGGGGGUCAACUCGUUCGGCAGCCAGCUCGCCGUCAACGUCUCAGAAACAUCACAGGGUAAUGACCAGGUAGGAUACAGCCGUCAAACCAGCAGUGUGUCCCCUCGAGGCUACGUCCCCAGCAGCACCCCACAACAGGCCAACUACAACACCGUUAGCAACAGCAUGAACGGCUACGGCAACCCCAUGUCCAAUCUGGGAGUACCCAGUUCACCAGGCUUCCUCAACGGCUCCUCUGCCAACUCCCCCUACGGCAUGAAACAAAAGAGCGCCUUUGCCCCCGUUGUAAGGCCCCAAGCUUCUCCACCACCUUCUUGCACCAGUGCAAAUGGCAAUGGACUUCAAGCGAUGUCCGGCCUCGUUGUCCCACCCAUGUAA